UUCCGUUUAAACGUUUUGUGAUUUGAUGCAUACACAGUGUUUUUGGUGCUUAUACAAACUUUUAUAAAAAGCAUUUAUAAAGAUGUCUAGACGUUCUGUUUCAAAUAUAAAUGGAAAUAUGUCUUUUCAAGAUGCUGAUGAUGAGAUUAUGGAUGAUAUAGACACAAUAAGUGAUUCAUCUUUAGAAGAUGAGCGUAAUGUAUCAGAAGAUUUGACAAAUAAGACCUUGCUUUUGAUUAAUGAACAUUUGAAACGUUCUAUGAGGGAAGAUAGCCUUAACGUUUAUGGGAAAUAUGUCGUAUCAUGUUUGCGAAAAAUGACAAAAGAACAAAGAUUGUUUGCCGAAAGAAUUAUAAAUGAUGUACUGUUUCGGGCGGCAUUGAGCAAUUUGAGUUUUGCAGAUGUAGAGCGCUUAGAUGGUAAUUCAACUUCAAAGCUUGGAGAUGCGCCAAUGGAGAAACAAUAAAGAUGAAAUAUCUGUCCAGGAAUAUUAUAACAAUGGACUAAGGUUGUUGAAACCUUUGAGAAGAAGUGAGUCGACAGUGUAAUGUUUAAAGACUUGUUUUAGUUAUGCUUUAUAAUGACUUUUUAUUCCUUACUUUGGUGAAGUAAUUCUUGUCAUUAAUCUUAAUAUUUUUUUAAAAACAUUUUCUUAUACAACUUUUGAUGUUCAAU